CGCACUCUCGGUUAUCAUUUCCGUUGUAAAUUUUUACAUUCCCGCCAUCAUCGCGAAGCGUUGCGAGGCGUAGUGUGCGGGUCCACUGUCAACAACAUACGCACCGGGGAGCAGGUGAAUGCCGGCAAAACAAACUUUCUGCCCUCGGAGGACCUACGAAAACGAUACUGUGAUUUAAAAGUUUCAAGACAAGGACAUACCAACGACAGGAUUUGUCUGAGCAUAAGUCACAGCCUCCCAAGUGCACCAACUGGAUGGUAAGCCAUGUCAACCAUAGUGCCCAAACUCUCCAGCGGUGGCGCUGUUAAGAUUCGCAUUACCAGCAUCGACCUGGGUACCACCAGGUGGAAAGAGGGAACUUUUGAGAUUCUGGAAAAGGACUGCAAAGUUAACCUCUGUUUAAGAUUCAGCUGUGGCGGAGCUCCCAAAACUUUCCAGUUGAACCAGAACUUGAAGAAAGUUAACCCGAGUUUGAGCCGAAUCAUGCUGACUUUGAAGGACGGCAGUGUCAUCAUCCUGGACAAGAUACCCCAGACUUUGCUUCAGAAGACUAAAGACUACCUUGAAAAGCUCAAGCUGGGAAAGCCAACUGUUUUAAAAUCCAGUGGAAGUGCAAACUUUAGUGUGCUCGGGAACCGCUCUAUGAAAAAUGAGACCAAUCCAUCAGGGGAGAGACAGAUUCCUAACCUCUUACAGACAACACCCAGGCGGCAGAGCGCAGAAGGCAGAGAGGACACAACACCACGAAAGCCUCUGGGCAGCCCGAGUAGGGCAACCUCCACUCCCACUCGCACUGGACUCUCUGAAAAUAGGAGUGAGAAGAGAAAGAGACUGCUUACCUCUGAAAGUGACCUGACUGAGGACUACCCCAAGGAAAAUGACUCGUCUAGCAACAACAAGGCCACAUUGGAUCCAUCCAGAAAGUUUCUACAGAGCUGCAAAGAUAAGCUGAAGCAGGCAGAGGAGAACAGGAGCUCAGCUCCACUGGGUUCAACUCCCCUUCAGCCAACAUCAUUCUAUAGCAGCCGAUCUGGGACUAAAGACUACAGCCAGAGCCACUCUUUCCUGGACCGCCCAUCCAGUACAGCGCAGACCACUACAGCCAAGAGAAGCCUCAUGCUGCCCAAUCACUCAACUCCAUUCAAGAAGGUACGCCCCUCUAUGGACUACAGUGGCUGGAACAAACAGAGGCCUUCCACUUUGAUCCAACCUCAGACCCCGCUGCAAGGAUUCUCUAACCUGGGCAACACUUGCUACAUGAACGCCAUCCUGCAGUCCCUCUUCAGCCUCCCCUCUUUCUCCAAUGACAUGCUGAGGCAGAGCAUCCCAUGGAAGAAGGUGCCCAUCAAUGCAUUGCUCAGGCGUUUUGCUCACCUUAUGGUUAAAAAGGACGUGGGCUGUCCAGAAACAAAAAAGGACCUCUUGAGGAAAGUGAAAAGUGCCAUCUCCUCAACAGCUGAGCGUUUUUCUGGCAACAUGCAGAAUGAUGCUCAUGAGUUUCUGAGCCAGUGUUUGGACCAGUUAAAGGACGAUGUGGAGAAAAUGAACAAGAGUUGGACAAAUGAAGCUGCAGCACCCUCAUCGUCCUCUGUGGUGUGUGAGAAUGGCCAGGAGACAGCGUCAUCGGCAGCCAAGGCAGAGCCUGGUGACGAAGCGGACACCUCCCGCAUCUACACCUGCCCUGUGGCAGUCAACAUGGAAUUUGAGGUGCUGCACACCAUCACCUGCAAAGGCUGUGGCGAAGUAGUGACCAAGAGAGAGCAGUUCAAUGACAUGUCCAUCGACCUACCACGGCGAAAGAAAACACUCCCGCUUCGCUCUAUCCAGGAUUCUCUUGAUCUAUUUUUUAGGAUGGAGGAAAUUGAGUACUCGUGUGAGAAGUGCAAUGGGAAGUCUGCUACUGUUGCGCAUAAAUUCAGCAAACUGCCCAGAGUGCUCAUCCUACACCUGAAACGGUACAGCUUCAAUGCUCAGCUGUCUCUAAACAGCAAGCUGGGACAGCAGGUGGUGAUUCCCCGAUACCUGACCCUGCUGUCCCACUGCACUGAAUCCACACGACCCCCUAUUAGUCUCGGCUGGAGUUCCCAAGCCUCCAUGUCCAGAACACUGAAAACAUCACAGUUGGUCAACUCCUCCACCGUACCUCUCCGAAGGAUUGGAGAGAAAGUGGUCAACUCUAGCUGCACGUCUAACCUCUUGGACUCUGACUGUGAAGAAGAGCCUAUAAAAAAGGCAACUGUGAGCCGCAAGCGACGCCUUAGCAGCUGUCUGCCUGAUGAUGAUGACCGACCGGAAGAGCGAGGAGCAUCAAUGGAGUCAGCUGAUUUAAGUGGCAUAAAUGAUGAUGAAAUGCUGGCAGCUGUGCUGGAGAUGAGUCGUCAAGAGGCCGGGCUCUCGGCUCCACCCCCCAUGGAGGAUGAGCCAACCAGCAGCCCAGACACAGGCUUUGGGGACACAGAUGCCCAUGACCUGGCCUAUCAUACAGAUCUGCUGGAAACGGACAGCAAGCAGCCUGCAGAUGUGCUGGAUUCCCUGGACUUGACCAUGGAUGAGAACAAGGAAAACCAGACUCCAGAGAGUGUGCAGCAGCAGGGAGAACUGGACUGGGUCCAGCAGUACAGUCUGGAUCAGGAGAGGGAAGAACAGGAGCUACAACAGGCUCUGGCCCAGAGCCUUCAGGAGCAUGAGGCCCAAGAGUUAAGAGAGGACGAUGAUCUGAAGAGGGCCACUGAGCUCAGUCUGCAAGAGUUUAACAACUCUCUUCCUGAGUUACUGUGCUCAGAUGAUGAUUCUGGCAACGAGGAUGUGCUGGACAUGGAGUACUCUGAAGCAGAGACUGAGAACCUGAAGAGGAACGCUGAGAGCGGAGACCUGGCCAACUCUUUUCGACUCAUCAGUGUCGUCAGUCACAUUGGAAGCAGCUCCUCCUCUGGCCAUUACAUCAGUGACGUGUAUGACAUGAAGAAGCAGUCAUGGCUGACCUACAACGACCUGGAUGUAUCACGCACACAGGAAGCAGCUGUCCAGCGAGACCGGGACCGCAGCGGAUACAUCUUCUUCUACAUGCACAAGGAUGUGUUUGAGCAGCUGUCUGAAAUGGAGAGAUCUGGAGCCAGCACGCCUUCAGAGGCUGGAAGGAAUGUCCUGCAGCCCCUCUGAGCGCUACAUCUUUGGGACAGACGCCCACACACAUCCACAGCUGAACCCUAGUAGAUGGAGCUCUGCUCUGAACAGCCUGGAGUACUACUGAUUGCCGUCCUUCUUUGGUCGUCUUCAGACACUUCGUUCCCUCUACAAAUCACUAAAUGCUCUGCUAAUUUAGCACCUGUAAAUGCCAACACGGGUGCAAAACUGUCAAGACUCUUUAAGAUACCAGAAAUGCAGUUAGAAAUGUUCAGUGGAUCAAAUUUUGCCUCCAUGUUUUUGGGGCUGGAGUUUUUCUUUGCUAUGAUUUUUAUCAAACUGUUUUGUAAAGAUUUUUUGUUUCUUGAUACACUUCUUUAAUGCCGUUCAUUCAGACUUUUCACUUAAAGCAACUAUCAAACACCAGAUGUCGCUGGUGCUCAAUGGAUUGUAUGUUUUACAGACCCUUUAUUUCCUAUAUUAACUAAAUAAAGAUGCUAUUCUAUGUUGGAGUAUAAGCUAUUAUAGAGUUAGGGGUGUUAUGUUUAGCGGGUACAUUUGGUGCAAUAUUUAUGUUCUGGCACAAACUGGCCAAUUUAAAACAGCUUUCUGUCAGUGUGUGGAUGUUUUCGGUUACUUUUACUUUUUGUGCUUGACCUAUGAACUAAUCUGUGAGUGUCUGGUUGUCUCCAUAUAGAUUUUGGAGAAAAAAAAGCCGUAAGCUCUAAUAACAAAGCCUGUUUUUACCGAGCUUUUCUUUCUAACGCCUACUUUAUUCUUUUGGGAUUUUGACUUUGUGCCUCCCAAGAAAACUUUUUUUAUAAAUGUGUAUACAAGCUUUACUUUAAAGUUGCACAAUCUUGUUUUUGAAUUUGUCAAACUAUACGUCAGAUUUUUCUUUAUAAAAAGCCAACAGAUUUUCUAUUUAUUGCAACAUAGGGUUGAUUUAUAUUUAACCCAUCCAGUUAUGCCACGGCAAAUAAGUGAUUAAUUUUUACCCCCCGCCCCCCUCCAGGGAAGCUAGCUAUAGUGUAAUGUAUUUAAAUUCAUCUUUAAGGCCAGUAAAGAGUACUUGACCCCUAAGACCUCUGCUAACCCUGUUCAUCUAGUUCCUAUCAGGCGUGCUUGCAUAUAGAAUAGAACAAAAGUAUUUUAUUCCUGUACUGGUUUCAAUACUAGACACUGGUUGUACAGCUUUUUCCACUGUAAAAAUUAACCACAUUUCAGACCACACAUUAUUUUUUCAACUCCUCACAACAAAAGAAAAUCUAUACUAUAGCAUUGUAAAACAGGUAUGGACUAAAUUAUAUUCUUGAUUAUACCCAGGCAUAUAUGGUUGGGUUUUUAGGAAGUGUGCAUUACCAUUAGCUGACUCCUUGAAGUACAGUAUUCUGUUACACCAUGAACGUAUACUCUGUUGUGAAAGCAGGCAAAAGUUACUUACAAAUUGGUUCUCCUGUUUUUUAGGUCAGCCUUGGACUGACUUGCUUUACAUUUCUGAAACAUUGUGCUUUCCUGAACAUCCUGUCCCAGAUGCAGUGUAAAGAGGGUGUAAUGUAUUUGUGAAGUACAUAUGAACAGCUUUUUCUACCCUUCAUACACAACUCUUCCUAAAGCAGAUUUUAAUAAAAUAUUACAGUGAAAGUG